ACUUUGCCCAAAUUGUAGCAUGGAGAGAAGCUGUGUUUAUACAUGUUCCUUUCCUUCCAGGAUAUUUCCUCCUGAAAUCCAAGGGAUCCCUGAUUUCUCUGCGAAGAGGAGCGACAUCUAUAAUAUGCAUUUCUCUGCAGAUUCUUUUGCAUUCUUAUGUUAUAUGUAAGCGCCUGUCGAGCCCUAGGAUGGGUGCGGAGGGGCUAUGCCUGAAUAGCAGAGCACAGGCGUUGAAUGCAGGAGGCCUCGGAUGCAAUUCAUGGUAUUUCCAGCCGAAAGGAGUCUUUUAGUUGUAAUCCCAAGUCAUGUAAGGUUAGAAGGCCUGACAGCGCACGUCGUCUUAUUUGAACCUGUCUGGGCAGCUUGAUCAACAUCUGAGGACUUUCUCCAAGUCUUACCUCCAAGGGUGGCACCAAGUGAAAGGGCCUUCCUAAUGGUGCCCCCCUCAAUUACGGAAUGAUCUCCACACUGAGGGCCAAUACAGCUCUUCUGAAUAGCUGAAAAAAAAGGAAGGAGUCAGAAGGGGAGAAGAACCAUUCUCUGUGCUGCAGACCGAAGGUUGAGACGUGCUUUGUCAUUAUGAAUGAAGUCGCAAUAGUGAAAGAAGGCUGGCUCCACAAAAGAGGAGAGUACAUUAAAACAUGGAGGCCCAGAUAUUUUCUGUUGAAGAACGAUGGAACGUUCAUCGGCUACAAGGAGAGGCCGCAAGAUGUGGACCAGAGGGAAUCUCCCUUAAACAACUUUUCAGUGGCCCAGUGCCAGUUGAUGAAGACAGAGAGACCCAAACCAAACACAUUCAUCAUCCGGUGCCUCCAGUGGACCACAGUAAUUGAAAGGACGUUUCACGUGGAGACUCCAGAGGAGCGGGAAGAAUGGACAAAAGCCAUCCAAACCGUAGCAGACAGCCUUAAGAAACAGGAGGAGGAAAUAAUGGAUUUUAGAUCCGGCUCUCCCAGUGAUAAUUCAGGUGCUGAAGAAAUGGAAAUCUCCAUGACAAAACCAAAACACAAAGUCACGAUGAAUGAAUUUGAGUAUCUGAAGUUACUGGGAAAAGGUACUUUUGGAAAGGUCAUCUUAGUGAAAGAGAAAGCAACCGGACGGUAUUACGCGAUGAAGAUCCUGAAAAAGGAAGUCAUUGUUGCAAAGGAUGAAGUGGCUCAUACUCUGACAGAAAACCGUGUUUUGCAGAACUCUAAGCAUCCUUUUUUAACGGCCUUGAAAUACUCAUUUCAGACGCAUGACCGUUUGUGCUUUGUUAUGGAGUAUGCUAAUGGCGGGGAGCUGUUCUUCCAUCUGUCGAGAGAGCGGGUCUUUUCUGAAGACCGUGCCCGGUUCUAUGGAGCUGAGAUUGUGUCGGCAUUAGACUAUCUACAUUCAGAGAAGAACGUAGUUUAUAGAGACUUAAAGUUGGAAAACUUGAUGCUGGAUAAAGAUGGGCACAUAAAAAUAACAGACUUUGGGUUAUGCAAGGAAGGAAUCAAGGAUGGCGCAACGAUGAAGACUUUCUGCGGCACGCCAGAAUACCUUGCACCAGAGGUGCUAGAGGACAAUGACUACGGCCGUGCAGUGGACUGGUGGGGCUUGGGAGUCGUCAUGUAUGAAAUGAUGUGUGGCCGCCUCCCGUUCUACAAUCAGGACCAUGAGAAGCUCUUUGAACUCAUCCUCAUGGAAGAGAUCAGGUUUCCACGCACCUUGUCACCCGAAGCGAAGUCUCUUCUCUCGGGCUUGCUGAAGAAGGAUCCUAAACAAAGGUUAGGCGGCGGACCGGAUGAUGCCAAGGAAAUUAUGCAGCACAAAUUUUUUGCUGGCAUCGUAUGGCAGGAUGUAUAUGAAAAAAAGCUGGUACCUCCCUUCAAACCACAGGUGACGUCUGAAACGGAUACACGCUAUUUCGAUGAAGAAUUCACCGCGCAGAUGAUCACAAUCACCCCCCCUGACCAAGAUGACAGUAUGGAUUGUGUUGAUAACGAGCGACGACCACACUUCCCUCAGUUCUCUUACUCUGCCAGUGGAACAGCAUAAUGGUUGUAAUGGCUUGCUUGUCCACUUACAGCAACCAAUCAGACUGCAUUUUGGGGAUCUUUAAUUUCGACGGACACUAGAGAACUCUCUAUGAUACAUGAAUUACAAACUAUGUUUGUACUACGGUUUAGCUGAAUUUGUAGGAAGCCUCACAGGCUGUGUAUUUAAAACAAUCCUGAUGCAUUUUUGAGUUGGAAUCUCUGAUGCGAUUUUGGGAAGGAACACAAGAAUCCAUUCCUAAACCUUAUUCAAAUUUAAAAAAGCUUUUUCUUCUGAAUACAAAUGGCAUUUUAGGUUUUUACGAAUAUGCACCAAACUUUCCAGAAGUAGCCAGCAGCAUUGACAAUUAAAAAAGCACCUCAUCAUUUUUAUUUAUUCCAUACAGUUCAUUGCCUAAGUAGAGAACCUGCACUCUGAAUAAUUAGAUUUAUUUAGGAUGAGAGACAGAUUUAGACAAGCAACCACAAGCAAAAAACUGAACAAACUCUGGAGAUGCAGAGGGUCAACCUCCGUUUGAGCAGCAGUAAUUAUGUUGGCAACUCUAGGACACCAAUUACAAAAAUGGCAUCAAUGACCUCUGUGAAGUAAAACUUCAAAGAGAGUGUUACUUCACCACAUCUGCUACAAGAUAGUACCUGUUAAACACAACUGAAUGAAAUGUGGUCAGUUUCUCAAUUACACACACAAACAAUUCCAGUAAAACCAUGCAUUUAAUUGUUCCUUUUGACUAUUUUGCUAGGAUUGCCUUGGCCAGAAUUUGGCAGGUAUCACUUAGCAAUUUCUCUUGUACAGGCCCUGUUGAAACUGCUAUGAGUGCUGCUUUGGCCACAGGUUCUCAUAAAUUCUUGUCCCAGAGAGUUUUCUGCUCACGGUGCCUUUGAGAAAUGAACCAACCAUGUUACCAACUUCAGCUGAAAAUGUUUGAGAGCAACCUUUCCCAAAUGGCUGUCCUGCUGGACUACAACUUCUGUGUGGUCAAGAAUUCUGGGAGGUAUAGUCCAACAUUUUUGGGGGCAUUGGGAAGUGAAAGAGUGCUUUAUACUUUGAAAGGUUGUCCAACAGGUGCAAGUGCAUGACUAUAAAAAAAAAAAAAAAAACGCACAAAACUCUUCAAGUGAUAAAGCAUCUUACUGGACAAGUUGUUCACAGUCAAAUUUCAGCACUGAAGCGGUUGGCUUUGCUCAUUAUUUAUACAGUUUUAAAAUGGCAAAAUGUCCUGCAUGUUGAGAAUCCAUCUGUGUGUUUUUCACUCUUUUCAGUGUACAUUUUUAAAGGUUAUUGUGGGAGUAGGGAGAAAAUCGAGAACAUGGUGGUUGCAGCGGCUCUGUAUGGGCAAAAAGAGGAGAACUUUAGGGUGGAGCUUCAUUCAUUCAAGAAAGGAUGGUGUUUGUUCAAAAACUUAAUUUUUUCCCUCACUUGCUUAUUUUUCUCUUACACUUUGUUUUGAAUUUUCAUAGUCACAUCAUUUUGGACCUGCCAAACAUUGGGGCAAAAAUUGUCUGCCUUUGACAUGGGCCAAGAUUUAAAGCUCUCCCUUGUGCUGCAAAUGAGUUUAUUCCGUUGUAGCUUUCUGUUCUUUUAGAUACGCUUUUGUUUCUGUUCUCUUAUCUCUAUAAAAUUGAUAAACUAUACUGCAGUUCCUUAACAUUUUUUUAAUUUGAAAGGGAAUGUAUUUAAAAUACCCACAGCUUUCCCUCUACAUGAAAUCCCAUUGUUGUGUGUUUGUCUUUUGUUUUGUUUUUUUUUACAACAUUCAACUUUAGCAUUUUUACUUACGAUAUGAAAGUUUCCUUCAGAAUUACUUCAAUAAAAUGUGCUUUAACAAGCUA